AUGGGUUGGCUUUUGUUGGACAAGUUCAAGUGUGUACCUGCUUUUUUGCCGCAGGAAAUUCUGGUGAAAUAUUACCAUGGAUUCUGUAAGCACCAUUUAUGGCCACUCUUUCAUUAUAUGCUCCCAUUUUCAGCAAAUCAUGGGGGUAGGUUUGAUAGGUCUUUGUGGGAGGCAUAUGUAGCAGUAAAUAAGAUUUUCUCGCAGAAGGUGAUUGAAGUUAUAAACCCUGAGGAUGAUUAUGUUUGGAUCCACGAUUAUCAUUUGAUGGUGUUGCCAACAUUCUUGAGGAGAAGGUUUAAUAGACUGCGAAUGGGUUUCUUUCUGCACAGUCCCUGGCCAUCAUCAGAGAUAUAUAGGACGUUACCAGUGAGAGAGGAAAUCCUUAAGGCACUUCUGAAUUCAGAUCUUAUUGGAUUCCACACUUUUGAUUAUGCGAGGCAUUUCUUGUCUUGUUGUAGUCGCAUGUUUGGUUUAGAGUACCAAUCAAAAAGGGGUUAUAUUGGACUAGAAUAUUUUGGAAGGACUGUUGGUAUAAAGAUCAUGCCUGUUGGCAUCCAUAUGGGCCAGAUUGAAUCUGUAUUGAGACUUGCAGACAAGGAGUGGAGGGUAGGAGAGCUAAAACAGCAAUUUGAAGGAAAGACUGUGUUGCUUGGGGUUGAUGAUAUGGAUAUAUUUAAAGGUGUCAAUUUGAAGCUGUUGGCAAUGGAACAAAUGCUGAAACAGCAUCCAAAGUGGCAAGGAAGAGCAGUGUUGGUACAGAUUGCUAACCCAGCUCGGGGAAGGGGAAAAGACCUCGAGGAGAUACAGGCUGAAAUACAGGCAAGCUGCAAGAGAAUAAAUGGAACUUUUGGCCAACCUGGUUAUGAACCAAUUGUUUUUAUUGAUAGGCCAAUUUCUCUUAGUGAAAGAGCUGCAUAUUACACGAUUGCUGAGUGCGUUGUGGUGACGGCUGUGAGGGAUGGGAUGAAUCUUACUCCUUAUGAAUACAUUGUUUGCAGGCAAGGUGUCUCUGGAGCAGAGAGUUCAGAAUCAAGUGGUCCAAAGAAGAGCAUGUUGGUAGUUUCAGAGUUCAUUGGAUGCUCUCCUUCGCUUAGUGGUGCAAUUCGAGUCAACCCAUGGAAUGUUGAAUCAACUGCUGAAGCAAUGAAUGAAGCAAUUUCGAUGGCUGAUGCCGAGAAGCAGUUGCGGCAUGAGAAGCAUUAUAGGUAUGUGAGCACACAUGAUGUGGCAUACUGGUCUCGGAGUUUUUUCCAAGAUAUGGAAAGAACUUGCAAGGACCAUUUCAGAAGACGCUGUUGGGGAAUUGGUUUGGGAUUUGGUUUCAGAGUUGUUGCACUUGAUCCUAACUUUAGGAAAUUAUCACUUGACGCCAUUGUAUCUGCUUACUUAAGGUCCAAAAAUCGGGCUAUUCUUUUAGAUUAUGAUGGAACGGUUAUGCCUCAAACAUCAAUGAAUAAGAUACCAAGUCAGCAGGUUAUCUCACUUAUCAAUACUCUUUGUGGUGAUGCUAAAAAUACUGUUUUUGUUGUGAGUGGAAGAGGAAAGGAUAGUUUAGGCAAAUGGUUUUCUCCCUGUAAGAAGCUUGGAAUUGCAGCUGAACAUGGUUACUUCAUGAGGUGGUCUGCGGAAAAGGAUUGGGAAAUCUGUGGACAGAGUUGUGACUUUGGGUGGAUACAUAUAGCUGAACCUGUUAUGAAAUUAUAUACAGAGGCCACUGAUGGUUCUUCCAUUGAGGCCAAGGAGAGUGCUCUUGUUUGGCAUCACCGGGAUGCUGAUCCAGUUUUUGGAUCAAGCCAGGCCAAGGAAAUGUUGGACCAUCUUGAAAGUGUGCUAGCAAAUGAGCCUGUUGCUGUGAAAAGUGGCCAAUUCAUUGUUGAAGUGAAGCCACAGGGAGUCAGUAAAGGUUUGGUUGCAGAAAAGAUCUUUACAUCAAUGGCUGAUAAUGGGAGGCAAGCUGAUUUUGUACUUUGUAUCGGUGAUGACAGAUCCGAUGAGGACAUGUUUGAGAUCAUUGGCAAUGCGAUAACAAGUGGCGUGCUAUCCUCUAAUACAUCAGUCUUUGCUUGCACAGUUGGGCAGAAACCAAGCAAAGCAAAAUACUAUUUGGAUGACACAACUGAGGUUGUAAAUAUGCUUGAAGCACUUGCAGAAGCUUCAGAUCCCCCACCGGAAGCACCAGAUGGUACGGAAAGAUCCACCUGAAUUCUUCUUCUUGCUUUGCAUUUGCAAACUCUAGUUCUAUUCUCCAGGUGGAGAGGUUGUCAUUUUGGCCGGCAGGGGAAAGUACCAAUUGUUUUAUGGUCCAUUUGGAAUCUACCUGGUGGAAAGAAUUACACGUUGCCUUCUAUCUGAUAAUUUGAUGUGGCCAACUGAGAGGGAAACAUCUGCAACCUGAAGUUUUCACUUGACAUAAACAACACAAAAUUUGAUAGUACUGGGCAUUGGAAUUACUUGGGAAAAUAACAUUUUGCAUGAGCUUAGCUGAAGGGUUAAGGGAAACUGACUUGGAAUUGAAAGGGUUGAUGAAAUAAUUCUCUUAUCAUCAAGAAACAGGGCCACUGUACCUGGUAUGUUCAAUCAGCACAUAGAUCUCACCUUGGUGGCCAUCCCCAAUUGGAUUUUUAGGCAGGUCAGAAAUUUUUAGUGGCAGAGAGAUGGGAGUUCUGUUAGUAGUAUUUAGAAAAAUAUCAGUUGAUAUAAGUCAGUCUUUGGAACGAACGGUAUACUUCCAUCAUUUUUUCCACUUUGAUUUUUGAGUGAAUUUGUCCUGUUGUCAUUUGAAUCAAUUCCUUUGCUUAUUGAAUCUGUAAAUUCUAUAGAAAAAAUUGUCAUUAUGGAUUUGAAUUCUAUUGGAACAUGAUGUAGAACA